CAAGUUAGUAAUUGUCGUGUUUAGAAAUUGCCGCCAACGUUGCACACCCACACAUACGCCACACGCCGAAAGUAACCCGAACAGGUCCUGUAAUACAUGUUGCUUUAUAAUUAUCGCGUGUUUAGUUUUGGUUUUCACAUCGUAAGGUGCUGUCGGAAGAACAUGAGCACCACUUUGUCCCAGAAGAUGGUGUGGGUGGAUCUUGAGAUGACAGGCUUGGAUAUUGAAAAGGACAAGAUCAUUGAAAUGGCGUGCAUUAUUACGGACUGCAACUUGAACAUUUUGGCUGAGGGGCCCAACUUGAUAAUAAAGCAGCCUGAUGAACUGCUGGAGUCCAUGUCAGACUGGUGUAAAGAGCAGCACGGCAUGUCAGGUUUGACCCAGGCCGUACGGGACAGUAAAAUCACCCUGGAACAAGCAGAGACUGAAUUUGUAACCUUUGUCACGCAACACACACCACCCGGACAGUGCCCCUUAGCUGGAAAUUCUGUGCAUGCCGACAAACGGUUCCUGGACAAAUAUAUGCCACAGUUCAUGCGUCACCUCCACUAUAGAAUAAUUGAUGUCAGUACCAUCAAGGAGCUGUGCAGGAGGUGGUUUCCAGUGGAAUAUAAGAUGGCGCCACACAAAAAGGCAACCCACAGGGCUUUGGAGGACAUCAGGGAAAGCAUUAAAGAGCUGCAGUACUACAGAGCCAGCAUCUUCAAAGAUUCUGUCGGGAAACACGCCAAGAUUGUUGACGAUGGAACCAGCAAGACAUGAGAUGUGGCUCAAGACAUUCCAGGUUCAAAAUAAAACACAUUGAACAUUUUCUGUUAUGUGUUCAUCAAUAAUGGGUAAUAAAACUACACCCGCGACACUAAUGAGGAGAAGCGGCAUAGAAAAUGGAUGGAUGGAUGGAAAACUAUGACUGGCUCAGCUCAGGCGUCAAAGGCAUCAUUUUUGUAUGUUUUAUUCGCUGCUAGUGUAGAUUUCUUGACCAAAUGCGGCACAAACAAAUGGGAAUAUUUUGGUGUCAUUUGGAACAAAUGGGUGGCUGGGUGAACUUAGGUUGACCUUUUGUGAGAAGUUUCGUAUUUAAAAAACUAACAUAGCCCAAUCAACAUUUUUUAUUGCACAAAAUGGCACAAACGGAGAGGGAAAAAAUGUGACUAUUUUGGUUUUAUUCCGAGCAUAUGGCCUAUCUGUUUUUUAAAAAUGAAUAUUUAAGCUAAUUUUACAUAUUUUUUGCCUAAACUAAGCAUUUUCAAGUAUAAAAAUAGCUAAAUGCAGUAAAAUAGAAAUAUAAACCAUUAAGACGCCUUAACUGUGAAUGUAAUAUUCUACAUUGGUCACUAGGUGUCAGUAAUUGUCAGGUGAGACAAGCGCCUGACUCGGAUCGCCGAAACAGCAGGCUUUUAUUGCAUGUUUAAAUUAUUUUACAAUCUGCUCAGUGGCAGUCAUAAUGACAUGGGCUACUGUUGCGGCCGCAACCCAGGACAAGCUAAAACCCAACCGUCUCUCCCUGUCGUGCGCACACCUGGAACGCAUUUACUGCAACACACGAACAUGAAUUAUUUCCUGAUUUUGUUAUUUUAUGUGUUAGACAGCUCUAAUGUUAACUUUUUGUUGAAGAUCGUUAUAUCGUAAUAUUCCAUUAUUAAAAAAAAGGAAUCCUACUUCGUGAAAACUGACUAAUCACAGCCGAGUCUGGAACCAUUUAAGGGCAAUAAACGAGGGAUCACUGUAGUGUGGAUUAUCACUGGCUAAAAAUGAACUACGCCAUGUACCGUAGUUUCUGGUGUCUAAGCUGCUAUUUUCUCACGCUUGGGAUCCUGUGGCUUGUACGGUAAUGCAGCUCAUUUAUGGCGAAAAAAACACAUUUGGCCAUGAAUGACUUUUCUCUUCGGCUACUGUUUAACCAGCCAUGUGACACUCACUGUUUAACUAGCUAUGUUACACGCACUGUUCGGCAUUUCGCACUUUCCGUCUAACAUCUUCCUGUGUACUAAAUAUCCCAUGUUACGACGUGGGCACCUGCAGCUUAGACAGGUGCGGCCUAUACCUGUAUAUGUACAAAUCUUUUUUUGUCUUUAAAUUUAGUGGGCACGGCUUACAUACCGGUGUGCUCUAUAGUCCGGAAAUUGGGGGAAGUGGAUUUUUGUGGCCUUUGAAUCAAAUGACACACACUGUCACUACUAAACACACAUUUGCUGCAUAAUAAAGAAGACAUGAAUUCAUGGCAAAUCUUUAUUUGAACACUGUCUAUUACAGCAACUGAACCAAUAAAUAAGAGUAAUAAAUAGGGUUCCUUACAUCAUACAAAACUGGGAUAAAUACACGUUUUAAUAAGUGCCAUUAAGUAAUCUGAAUAUAAAGCAUCAAAACAUUUCACAUCGUGCAAACAAGAAACCUCAAGAAAUAAAAUGAACACAAGUCAACCACUAAACCCACGGACGUAAUUACAUUUUAAUAAAAUAUUAAUGUAGCUACCAGGGAUGUAAACCUCUGUGGUAGAUUAUUCCAUGGCAUCUAGAUACAGGGGAUAAGAUAUGAUUAAAACAUGAUGUAUAUUAAAAACAGAAGGAUUUGACACAGUGUACAAACGAUAUGAUUCGAUUCGGUUCGAUACCAUUCAUCGGUUACAUUUUCUGAUGUAGACAGUCUGUCAUUAUAAAAUGAAGAAGUCAAUUCUAUAAAAGUGCCACUCUUACUCUAUUUUCUAAUGUGUAAAAGAGCACACAUUCCCGAGCGUGCUGUAAGGCAGGGGGCCCCAACCACCGGAUCACGCCAAACGUUCAGGUGCAAUGAUUAAAAAUUAAAAACACUUAAAAAAAUGUUUUUGCACGCAGAGUCUUGUCCCACUUUGUUCAUCGGUCCUUGAACGCACCAUCUAAAUUUCUCCCAUGCUGCACAGAGACUACUUUUCCUCCACCUCAUAUUUGGUCCCAAAUGCUGAUACUAUGUGGAAAUGCCUAAAAGUAAGAUUUGAUGAGGUUAUUGAGUGCUACUGUGCGUACUUGUUUGUCGGAUUUGUGCACAAUCGCAAGUUAAUUCAUGCACGCAAACAGCGACAUAUAAUCUUCUCUCUGAAAAACGUAGUCCAGGCUCAUACUGUUGGAUGAUGGGUCUGUAUUCAUUUAGUUCUUUUAAACGGAUGUUGCUCCUGUCUUAGCUUUACACGAUACAUAAUAAAUACGAUGAAUUGGAUCGCGAUCAUGUACUGUAUGUAUGUUUUGCUGAUGUGUUGAAUAUCUUUCCCGAUGACAAGCUAGCGCGCUGCUACUAGUUACAUCCGUUCUCGUUGGAGCAUGUUUAACAAUCUACAACCACAAAAAAUAUAUUGUAUCUUUUAGCUCUUGGGUUAUGUCAUAAUGGAAGCAUAGCAUAACAUACAAUCACACAUUACGGUACCGGUAAAUCAUGUCAAAAUGGUUGUAAAUCAUGUCAAAAGUAACAUUUUACAGACAGGUGAGACGAUGACAGUCACUGGACAUCUGCUGCCAUUCCAAGAUCAGGCGUGUCCUCAAAAUUGACCUUGUAGUCACCUUCCUGCUCCUCAAAAACAACGAUCUGAUUUAAUAGAAAAUAAGAACUUACACAAAGUUUGGAUUGCAAAUGUGAAUUGUUCAUUAAACUGAAAGUGGCUCCGGAGUAUUAGUCAAAAAAUGCAUCAUAAAGGGGGGAAAAAAACGUAAGUCCCCCUGGUUAUAAGCAGCAUUUAGUGGGAUUUAUGAUCGAGCGAUCAUCAGAGCAAGCUUUUUUUUUUUUUAGGAAUGUCGUGGCGCAGCUCGUAACAACAUGAAAUUCACAGGAGAAGAAGAUGAAGCCGGAGGGAGGGGGCAUUGUUUACACCAACGAGGAGACAAACUAAAGCUACAGAAGCUGAAAUGAGUUAAAUAUUUUACUGGAAGGAUAUGGAUACAAUAAAACCUUACCUGUUCAAUAUAUGUCAGAAUGUUCUCAAAGAAGAGAAAACACUUACUAUGCCUGGACGCAUCCCGAUGUGCAGAAACGUAUCAGACAACCAUGUUUUAACUUCAUUUUUUGUAUUCACAAAUACGUUCAAAUAGGCUGAGAGUCAUACGUGUGUAUUUAGUUGGUCAGUGGCUGGUCUGAAAUCACAAAACUCUUUAACGCGACACGUACUACAGUAGCUGCCAUAUCGCUUCAAGUAUCCUUGAGCAUGUUCAAGGAUCUGCGCCCCUGAAAGUGUCAGUAAUAACCAAGCAGCAUAGUGGUCUUAUUCAUGAUGUGGAAAGGUUGCUCCUGCUCUGGCUGGAAGAAUCAACGGUUCUCCUUAAGUGUUAAUUUAGGGAAAAGUUCCGACUUACACUAAAAUUUGACUUGCAACUGGUCGUAGGAGGGGAACUUGUUUAUGAACCGAGGACCUUUUAUAUAACAGGCGUACGUGUACGUUGUUAUUUUAUCAAACAGUAGCCUUAUCUUAUUUACUUGACAGUGUGUCAUUUCUGUCUCCGUUAUUAAACGUCACCUCCCCCAACGCCCAAUACGUGUUCGUGCGCGUGUUUUGAUUAUUCAACUCUAGUGUUGGGAUUGUUGUGCGGCAAGUUCAAACACACAGGCACUGUUCAUUCCAAAAUGUCCACAUAUCUUAGUAAAUACCUGGUUGAUUCCACUGUUGAGAAAAGGACCAGGGAGGUAGAGAGUCUGCUGGGGCCCAAUGGACCAGUAGCGUCCCAGAUUUAUCCCAUUGAUAAAAACAACACCUUUUUCCCAACCCUGUGGACCCAAGGACGAUUGAGUCACUUUUCAUCAGUACGCGAAUUCACUACGGGUGUAACGGUAUCACGGGUCAGUACGUACCGGGAUUCGGUUCGUUUGGGGUACAGUGAGGGAACAAAUUGGAGAAGUGCUUUCAUGGUUUUUAAAAUGAAACAUUAAACAUCGCUAGCUGCUGGCAGAUAGCUCUCCUAUAAAUAAAACUCAAAUAAAAAACAGAUAUGGCGUACAGAAAAACUGAAGGACGCGGGGACCACUUUGAUAUAUUUUGUACAUUAAAAUCCCUCGUUUUACAUUUUCCGAUUAGUGUCUUAGAUUUUCAGAUGUGUGCUAUCAUUUAGCUUGAUUGAAAUUUUCUGUUUAUUUGGAGCUUUUAAUACAUACAAAUAUAUUUUUUGGACCCUCUGGCAGUCAGGGGACCUUGGAAUUGUCCUAACUUUUCCCCGUUAUACGACACCCUAGGCCAAUCGCGCUCAUCAUAAAUCAAUUUAAAAAUGUACACUUCAUCUAUGUGAUCGGUAUCUGCCUAUGUCAGAAUCAGCAGCAUGAAACCCUGAUCGAAGCGUCCCUUGUGAUUAAUCAUGAUUAAUUCAUUUGAAAACUGAUUAACCCGAUUCAAAUUUUUGACAGCCCUAAUUUCCCAUGCGUUUGUAAUUGUUUUCUGUGUGUAAAACUAUUGUAACACUAAUUGUAAAACUAUGAAAACAUGUUUUGUGUUAAAAUUUUUUGCGUUAUGGAACAGAUUCAUUGGAUUUACAUGAUUCUUUUUUCGGGUUAGAGUCAGACCUUCCGGAACGAAUUAAUGACGCUAACCAAGGUUCCACUGUAUUUAAUCAGGAAGCGCCAGCCAAUGGCUGGGCUGCACUGUAUUUGUUUACAGAGUAGACGCGUGAUGCCAUGAACACUUCCUGUCCCUCCCUGAAAUUGUUACAUUGUUAAUUGUUACCGUUACACCCUUAGUAUUUAUGAUGUAUGGUGUUCAAAGCAUUUCACCUACUGGCAGUUUGACAAAAGUAUCGCUGGGAUAGCCGUAAGCAAACAGCUGGCCCAUGAAAAAGGAAGGGAAAGUGGGGGUUUCAGGAAGAGCUUUCCAAGGAGCCUGAUAGAGACUAAAACAAGGCGUCUAUUUCAAACAAACUGUUGCUCCAAAUAAUUGCAUUCUGUUUCAAAAGUGUACAAACCUAUCAAUGAAACCGGGUUUCAUUUCCAGGCUGUAUAUUGUGAAAUCCUGUAGUGGGAUACUGUUUAGAAAAAUGUCCCCGACGAGGCCUGCAACGACACACAUGAAAACUGGCUUGUAAGUUGCAGCCGGCAUGACAACAUCCUGCAUCGCGUCUGGCAAUGACCACCUUUGCGCUGCUUGUCGAGGUCCCUUCCCCGGUGAACUCGACCACAGUUUUCAACCAAUAAACUUAAAGUUUGCAGUCCCUGCAGGGAGAUUAUGAUAACUGCCGUUUGCAAAUUUUAAACAUCUCAUGCACUGCCAAAUGUUAAGAUGGUUUACUCAUAACUGGUGUAUGUCGGUGCCAUACCUUGCCAUCUGGAACAGCCAGCUCCAUGUUCUGCCGUUUGAACAGCCCAAUGUAACUUCUGUUUACAAAAACCUGCGAAAGGAAACAAAGUUAUACGGUUUAUGCAAACUUAAGUAUGGCUGGAGAAUCUGGUGUUGCCCCUCGGUUUACAGCUUGUAGCGGAGCCAGCGCUAAUGAAAUCGCUCCUCUGCGGUGACAUUUGGGGUGCACAUAUGCACAUACACAUUGUGUGUGUGUGUGUGUGUGUGCUACGGGGAUUGGGUUGAUGAAACCGACACAAAUAAAAAUAAAUUGCAAUCUCUCUUUCGCAGUCACAAACUUGCAUACUAGAAAGCAGUAGAAAGUAUUUAGAAUAAUCCAAAAAGUCAAAGUCAAAUCAAGAUGUGUCAUUUAAUGAAUGUGAUCGGUCCUCCGCGCGCAAUACAAAGAGCGGAUGAACUUUGUCUGUUUGAUUGUAAGUUAUAGCUUGCUUAUUUUAUUUUCAUUAUUCUUAUCGGCAUAGUUAAAGAUAUAACCCACAUAAUGGACAACUUGUCAUUUGCAAAGCUGAUGUCAGGCAACUACAGCGGACCCCCACGCAUUUGCGAUCCAGCAUAGAAGACCCCACAAAUUAAGGGAUUUUUGGUCGAAGAAUUAUUUUUUCCCCACCAAAAAUAGGCAUUUUUCCCCCCCUCCCAUCCAAUCUCAUUCACCCUAAGUCGCUAAUAAUUUUAAAAUAUGUGAUCGUAAAGCAUUAAAUGUACAGAAAAUACUGUACAUAAAAUGGUAACACAUAACUCACAUAGCGUGGCCCUGACACGGAUGCCGAACUGCACGAUGGACUGCAGAUGGUCCACAUAAACAGAACAGUUCUAACUUACAAGAGCACGAUCUUUAACGUUGUCUCCUGACUUCAGUAAUCCGCCACUGGUGAUGGUUGUUUCAUAGAGGGUGUAUCCGUAGGACUGACCAUUCCUGUUGUUCGCUGGUAGAUUCUCCAUGUUGACCGGCUUGACCGACUUAAAUGGCUGUGAAGAAAACUGAAGUUGGCCUCCAUGACAGAAAACUACAGUCGUCCCUCGCAGUAUGGUGGUUGGAUUAUCGCUCCUUCACUAGUUUGCUUUUUUUCGGGGAAAUUUAUUAAUUGAUUAAUCAAAUGAUUGCUGUUUUGUGGUAGACUGUGGUCUAUUAUUUUUCAAAGCACAUUGAAAUACAAGUGAUAUGUACUAUUCUGGUCACUAGGGGCAGUAAUGACACAUAACAUUGAGACGUUACCUUACAUUGCAUUACCUUAGCACUUGCACGAAGUCAUGAAGUCAGCCAUGGCAUGUCUGACAUGUGAACCAAAGUCGUCUUCCCAUUCCAUGUGGAAGUGGUACGUUUUUGGUUUCUUAAAGGGGACCUAUUGUACUCAUUUUCGGGCCUUUUUAUUGAGUUCUGGACUCCUACAGAGCAGCUACACACAAUAACCACGCAGAAAGCUUUCUACAUCUUCCAGACUCUGCACUUCUUCCUGCAGUGUUUUGGGUUUCCUACCUGUCGAGUCUGGAACCAGUCAACCGCUAUAAACGAGGGACGACUGUAUCUGAUUCUCGCAUGUUCUCAGGUAAUCAUACAUUUAAAGGCAUACUCCCUCAGUAAAGCUCAACGCGUCCCAUAAGGACAAGUGCUGGUAUGUGAUCGCCGAUUCAUACGCUUCCCUGUGCUGUAACACUGGCAUGUCGGGGAAAAUGUCACCGUCUGGUGUGAGAAACAGUCAUUACACAAAGCUCCAUCCACAGCCGCGGUACAGUACAUCCCCGCUUUUCACUGGCGUUUGGUUCCACGUCUACCAGCGAAUUAGGAACAUCUGUGAGUAAUUGAUACUUUGAUUUAAAAAAAGUCUAGUUUUAACACACGGCUCACUCCUCCCCCUCCAAAAAGUCCUGCUUGCUUGACGUUGACAUUUUCCUUCGAUUUCAGGUCAACAUUUGCGAUAAAAGUGACUGUUGAUGUGAUGAUUGAUAGAACAGAUGAAUCGGAGUCACAGGCUAGCACGAUAUCCGCGCUUAUUCUGAAGCAGCUAGCCUUGGUAUGAGUCUGGGGUGUCCCGGCUAGCUAAAAAAAAGUACCAAAAACACGCAAAUUUGCAGGGCCGUGAAUGCUGCACGGCAACAGUGCGGGGAUCCACUGUAUAUGUGUUGUUUAACUUACUGUUGAAUUGAGAGAGCAGAUCUCUGAGGAGGUGGUACUUCUGCGUGUACGCUCCAGCUUCAGACAAGGGGGCGUCAUAAUCUGCAAAACAUCUGAAACGCUGUCAUCUGACGGUUCUUUUGGAUUUAUAUUCUGUGGAAGCACACUCCUUGAGCUCUGUCCUAACGCUGACAGAGCGGCAUUUGCCUCAAAAGAAUUUGCAUGAAAGCGACCGCUGGUUUAUUUGGGACAAUGUGCAUGAUGCUGAGGCACCAACCGUAGCUGGGGACGAAUGCUUUGUAGGAAGGUUCAGCCAGCCCCCCACUCAUGAAACCAAAACUGGAGCCUCCGUGGAACAUGUAGAGGUUCACAGACAUGCCUCGCCUCAGAAUUUCUCUCACGGUGGACACCAUAUCUAAAGAAAAAAAGACAAAAAUAUCAACUGCAAUCCAUGCCUGUGUAUAAGACAUAAAGGUGAAUAAAGGUACAUUUGCUGAAAUGGAAAUGGUCAUAGUGAAUGUUGGCCUUUGUCACGGUUCUGUUCAUUAUUUUUAUGGACAGAAUUUCUAGGCGCAGGUCUCUGCUAGUUGAGGAUGAUGUGGUCCUCUUGACGGUCCUCAUCAAGCUGUGACUUUCAGCGUUGUGAAGCUUCUGGGAUGAAACUCAGCACCUCCAAAUCUGAGGCUAUGGUUCUCAGGCAGAAAAGGGUGAAUUUCACCCUUCGGGUUGGGAGUGAGGUCUUGCCCCUGGUGGGGGGGGUGAUGAAACAUACCCUCUGGGGGGAGCACGUGGUGGAGGUCACCCCACACAUCAUACCAGCCUGUCCUGUAGUCCAUCACCAUGGUUGGUCUGUUGGGCUGACAGGACAGAAAAAAAUGAUCCGUCCUCGGAUGUCCUUUGCAAACAACGAGUGUAGCGAUGUAGAACUGGCACCAACCUGGAUUGCUUUCAGAUCCUGAACAUCUCUCUGAUUGACUUUCUGCAGCUUCAACGUUCUGAUGGCUACAGGACAACAGAGAUUGCGUAAGAGUAACGACAAACCAACAGUAGAUAAUCAUAUCAAACACCUCCCUCA